UGAGGCGCGCGCAGCCCGGCAUGCUAAUGAGGCGGGGCGCGGCGGCUGGCUAAAGAGUGGCUGGGCGGCGUCGGCGGGCGCUGAGCUGCCGGGCGGGAGCGGCGUAGGCGCGGGGUCACCGGCCAGCGUGAACCGGGACAUGGAGCCACCCGGCGGGGGCCUGGGGCCCGGCCGUGGUACCCGGGACAAGAAGAAGGGCCGGAGCCCAGAUGAGCUACCUUCGGCGGGCGGCGACGGCGGCAAAUCUAAGAAAUUUACUCUGAAGCGGCUCAUGGCGGAUGAGCUGGAGAGAUUUACCAGCAUGAGAAUUAAGAAGGAGAAGGAAAAGCCCAAUUCUGCUCAUAGAAAUUCUUCUGCAUCAUAUGGGGAUGAUCCUACAGCACAGUCAUUGCAAGAUGUUUCAGAUGAACAAGUUCUGGUUCUCUUUGAACAGAUGCUGCUGGAUAUGAAUCUGAAUGAGGAGAAACAGCAACCUUUGAGGGAGAAGGACAUCAUCAUCAAGAGGGAGAUGGUGUCCCAGUACUUGUAUACUUCCAAGGCUGGUAUGAGUCAGAAGGAGAGCUCUAAGUCUGCCAUGAUGUAUAUUCAGGAGUUGAGGUCAGGCUUGCGGGAUAUGCCUCUGCUCAGCUGCCUGGAGUCCCUUCGUGUCUCUCUCAACAACAACCCUGUCAGUUGGGUGCAAACAUUUGGUGCCGAAGGCUUGGCCUCCUUAUUGGACAUUCUUAAACGACUUCAUGAUGAGAAAGAAGAGACUGCUGGGAGUUACGAUAGCCGGAACAAGCAUGAGAUCAUUCGCUGCUUAAAAGCUUUUAUGAACAACAAGUUUGGAAUCAAGACCAUGUUGGAGACAGAAGAAGGAAUCCUACUGCUGGUCAGAGCCAUGGAUCCUGCUGUUCCCAACAUGAUGAUUGAUGCAGCUAAGCUGCUUUCUGCUCUUUGUAUUCUACCACAACCAGAGGAUAUGAAUGAAAGGGUUUUGGAGGCAAUGACAGAAAGAGCUGAGAUGGAUGAAGUGGAACGUUUCCAGCCACUGCUGGAUGGAUUAAAAAGUGGGACCUCUAUUGCACUGAAGGUUGGAUGCCUACAGCUGAUUAAUGCUCUCAUCACACCAGCUGAAGAACUUGACUUCCGAGUUCACAUCAGAAGUGAACUGAUGCGCUUGGGGCUACAUCAGGUGUUGCAGGACCUUCGAGAGAUUGAAAAUGAUGAUAUGAGAGUGCAACUAAAUGUGUUUGAUGAACAAGGGGAAGAGGAUUCCUAUGACCUGAAGGGACGGCUGGAUGACAUUCGCAUGGAGAUGGAUGACUUUAGUGAAGUCUUCCAGAUUCUCUUAAACACAGUGAAGGAUUCAAAGGCAGAGCCAUACUUCCUUUCCAUCCUGCAGCACUUACUCUUGGUCCGAAAUGACUAUGAGGCCAGAUCAACUGUUGGCCCAAAACAGGAGAUGGGAGUGGGGGGCAGAUUCCAGCACCUCCAGGCAAAAGAGGAGCUGGACUCAGAGUUAACAGCCCGACAUGAGCUACAGGUGGAAAUGAAAAAGAUGGAAAGUGACUUUGAGCAGAAGCUUCAGAAUCUUCAGGGAGAAAAGGAUGCACUGGAUUCUGAAAAGCAACAAAUUGCCACAGAGAAACAGGAUCUAGAAGCAGAGGUGUCCCAGCUCACAGGAGAGGUUGCCAAGCUGACAAAGGAACUGGAAGAUGCCAAGAAAGAAAUGGCUUCCCUCUCUGCGGCAGCUGUUGCUAUAGCUCCUUCUGUUCCUAGUAGUGCUACUGUUCCCCCUGCCCCUCCUUUACCUGGUGACUGUGGCACUAUGAUUCCACCACCACCUGCUCCUGGGGGUAGCACCAUAGUUCCUCCUCCACCACCACCUCCUUUGCCUGGGGGUGUUGGCAUCACCCCCUCACCGCCUCCUUUGCCUGGGGGUGCUAGCAUCCCUCCACCCCCUCCUUUGCCUGGGGGUGCUAGCAUCCCUCCACCCCCUCCUUUGCCUGGGGGUGCUAGCAUCCCUCCACCCCCUCCUUUGCCUGGGGGUGCUAGCAUCCCUCCACCUCCUCCUUUGCCUGGUGGUGCUGGAAUCCCCCCACCACCUCCUCCCUUGCCUGGAGGAGCAGGAAUGCCACCUCCUCCUCCCCCUCUUCCUGGUGGUCCUGGAAUCCCUCCACCUCCUCCUUUUCCUGGAGGCCCUGGCAUUCCUCCGCCUCCACCUGGCAUGGGUAUGCCUCCACCUCCCCCAUUUGGAUUUGGAGUUCCUGCAGCCCCAGUUCUGCCAUUUGGAUUAACCCCCAAAAAGCUUUAUAAGCCAGAGGUGCAGCUCCGGAGGCCAAACUGGUCCAAGUUUGUGGCUGAGGACCUCUCCCAGGACUGCUUCUGGACAAAGGUGAAGGAGGACCGCUUUGAGAACAAUGAACUUUUUGCCAAACUUACCCUUACGUUCUCUGCCCAGACCAAGACUUCCAAAGCCAAGAAGGAUCAAGAGGGUGGAGAAGAAAAGAAAUCUGUGCAAAAGAAAAAAGUAAAAGAGUUAAAGGUGUUGGAUUCAAAGACAGCCCAGAAUCUCUCAAUCUUUUUGGGUUCCUUCCGCAUGCCCUAUCAAGAGAUUAAGAAUGUCAUCCUGGAGGUGAAUGAGGCUGUUCUGACUGAGUCUAUGAUCCAGAACCUCAUUAAGCAAAUGCCGGAGCCAGAGCAAUUAAAAAUGCUUUCUGAACUGAAGGAUGAAUAUGAUGACCUGGCUGAGUCAGAGCAGUUUGGCGUGGUGAUGGGCACGGUGCCCCGACUGCGGCCUCGCCUCAAUGCCAUUCUCUUCAAGCUACAAUUCAGCGAGCAAGUGGAGAAUAUCAAGCCAGAGAUUGUGUCUGUCACUGCUGCAUGUGAGGAGUUACGCAAGAGUGAGAGCUUUUCCAGUCUCCUAGAGAUUACCUUGCUUGUUGGAAACUACAUGAAUGCUGGCUCCAGAAAUGCUGGUGCUUUUGGCUUCAAUAUCAGCUUCCUCUGUAAGCUUCGAGACACCAAGUCCACAGAUCAGAAGAUGACGUUGUUACACUUCUUGGCUGAGUUGUGCGAGAAUGACUAUCCUGAUGUCCUCAAGUUUCCAGACGAGCUUGCCCAUGUGGAGAAAGCCAGCCGAGUUUCUGCUGAAAACUUGCAAAAGAACCUAGAUCAGAUGAAGAAACAAAUUUCUGAUGUCGAACGUGAUGUUCAGAAUUUCCCAGCUGCCACAGAUGAAAAAGACAAAUUUGUUGAAAAAAUGACCAGCUUUGUGAAGGAUGCCCAGGAACAGUAUAACAAGCUGCGGAUGAUGCAUUCUAACAUGGAGACCCUCUAUAAGGAGCUGGGCGAGUACUUCCUCUUUGACCCCAAGAAGUUGUCUAUUGAAGAAUUUUUCAUGGAUCUUCACAAUUUUCGGAAUAUGUUUUUGCAAGCAGUCAAGGAGAACCAGAAGCGGCGGGAGACAGAAGAAAAGAUGAAGCGAGCAAAACUAGCCAAGGAGAAGGCAGAGAAGGAGCGGCUAGAGAAGCAGCAGAAGAGAGAGCAGCUUAUAGACAUGAAUGCAGAGGGUGAUGAGACAGGUGUAAUGGACAGUCUUCUAGAAGCCCUGCAGUCAGGGGCAGCAUUCCGACGGAAGAGAGGACCCCGUCAAGCCAACAGGAAGGCCGGGUGUGCAGUCACAUCUGUGCUAGCUUCGGAGCUGACCAAGGACGAUGCCAUGACCUCUGUUCCAGCCAAGGUGCACAAGAAGAGUGAGGCAGUCCCUACAAUCCUUGAGGAAGCCAUGGAGUUGGUUGGCCGUGCAAGCUAAUACGAGUCCUGUGACCGUGGCAGCUCCUCAGUGGAGCCCCAGACUGUCCUGUCCUGCAGCAUGUGCCUAAAGGCUCAAGGGGAUAUUCCUCUGGGGCGGCCACUUCCACCACCCUGACCCUGUCUUUCUCUCUGGCCUGCUGCUCUCUGAACAUCACAUACAGCUUCAGCUUGCCUGGAGGCCAGAAGGAAAGGGCAGUGUGGGGGAGGCCUGAGACCAACCCAGCCAGCCCUAGCUGUUGUAUUACCAAAGCAGGGUCCGUGUUUGCUGCCUUAACCCUGUCUCCUGUCUAAUACUCAGAGGGCCUCAUCUCAGAAAAGGCCCAGCCUGCUUUUUUUCAGCCCUGACUUUCUAAUGGGCUUUCUCCCUAGGUCAAUCUUGCUGGGUUUGUGCUUUUCUUUUGUGGUUUCUCUGGCCCUGAGAACAGCAUGGGGCUUGUAAACCUUUGGGCUAGAUCCUGCCUUUCACUGCUGUCGUCUCUGCUCUUCCCUCUCCUGGCUGUGGUUAUUUAUUAUUAGUGGUGUGGUGCUGGGAGAUGCUCCUAAGGAAGCAGGGAGCAAAUCCCACCUUUACCCCACCUUCCUGGGAAAGGCCUUCAAAACAAAGGAUCAGGACCACUUUCCCUGUUGUUCUGUGGCCCAGGCUAGAGCCUGUGGGCAGGCAGGCAGGCAGGCAGGCAGGGCAUAGCGACAGUGUGGGACCUGCCCCAAGCAUCUGCCACACUUUAUGCCCUUGCCUCUCUGGACCCUCUGCACCAACCCCAGGCUACUGAGCCACGCUCCCUCCUCAUGCCUCCCCUGGAGCUUUGGUGCAUCUCAUCUGGACUAUGGGUUGUGUUGUGACCAUCCCAACCCCUCACCCUCUGUCUACAAGGAAAUGGGAGGUGGAGCCUCCUGGCUGAGAAAUUGUUUUGCAAAUGGAUCUAUUUUUGUAUGAAAAAAAUUUUUUUAAAGAAAACUCUUCCUUCCCCCUUUCCCUUCCAUAAUGUAAGAAGCUUUGGUGGCAGGUUCCAGAGUUCCUGGGAUUUCUCCUCACAGGCCCAAUCCUGAAUGUGCCCCUGGACCUUCUGGACCCUUGAGGCCAAGGCAGAUCCUCUCUCCCAGAGAAUCUGGGGCAGAAGGAGCUUCCCCUUCUCUGGUUGAGCUGGAUCAGGCCUAAGAGUAGUGGGAGCUCUAAGACCAGAGUUUUUAUCAGUGUAUAAAUGUAUCAAGCCAAAUGUGCAGAUGCUAACUGAACAUUCUGGGGAAGUGGGCACAAGGAAUGCCUUUAUACACUGCACCCCAUCUCUCCUAAAAGAUAAGUGGGCACACUGAACUGUUUGGUGGCUCCAGCCACAGGAAGCUCCAGUUCUCUGGCGGAGGGUGACAGUUUUGCCCUCCUUGUGCCCCUCUCAGCUUUCCAUCCCCAGCUAGGAAGAAAGAAUGACACUCUUGGGCUUGGCCUAGAAUUAGAAUUGUUAGAGCCAGAGGAAGCUUAGGAAACAUGAGGGUAGCUACAGUGAGGCCUUAACUGGCAGGGGCGCUUGUGUAUAAAGGGGCAACGGCAGCUCCUUUGGGCUAUUCUGGGAAGACUCUGAUGCAGGGCAUCUGUUGCUCCCCUAGGUCACCUCCUCCUCCCUGCUCGCUGACAUGUGGGGCUUUGACCCUUUCUUUUUUAAUCUACUUUUGCUAAGAUGCAUUUAAUAAAAAACAUAAAAAGUGAAAAAAAGAGGGGUGGGGGACAAAAUGCAAAUCUAUUUCCCUUGCCUCUUAGGGUUCUGGAUGUCAUCACCUCCAGUUUGUUGGUUUUGUUUCCAACUGUUAAUAAAGCAUUGAAACAGUACUGC